AUGGCGUUUAUUAAAGAGGAGACUGAAGAUAUGAAGAUAAUUAUUAAAGAUGAGACUGAAGAUAUGAAGAUUGAAGAUAUUGAGGAACAAACAGACCUGAUGGAACUGAAAGAGAUGAUUCAUGAACUUAAUAAAAGGGAAGAAGAGAAAGAACAUAAUGAUGAACAUGAUUUCAUGACUGGGGAAAGGUUGACGCUGGCUAAAAAGACUUCCUCACGAAAAAGAGUUCAAAAGACAGAAACUAAAAGAUAUUUCACCUGUCAACAGUGUGGAAAGAGUUUUGAUCAACAUAGAAACCUUCAAGUCCACUUGAGAGUUCACACUGGAGAGAAACCCUUUUCUUGUCGGCAAUGUGGAAAGAGUUACAUUCAAAAAGGAAACCUUAAAGUCCACAUGAGAAUUCACACUGGAGAAAAGCCUUACACCUGCCAACAGUGUGGAAAGAGUUUCAAUCAAAAAGGAAACCUUAAUGUCCACAUGAGAAUUCACACUGUAGAGACCCCAUUCGCCUGCGUACAGUGUGGACAGAGUUUCAGUGAAAAAGGGAGACUUGAAAUCCACUUGAGAAUUCACAAAGGAGAAAAGCCUUACACCUGUCAAGAGUGUGGAAAGAGUUUCACACAAAAAAGAAACCUUAAAGUCCACAUGAUAUCUCACACUGGAGAGAGCCCAUUCACCUGCCAACAGUGUGGAAAGAGUUUCAGUGACAAAAGAAAACUUGAAAUCCAUACAAGAUCUCACACUGGAGAAAAGCCUUACACCUGCCAACAAUGUGGAAAGAGUUUCAGUGAGAAAGGAAACCUUACAGCACACAUGAGAAUUCACACUGGAGAAAAGCGUCAUACCUGUCAAGAGUGUGGAAAGAGUUUCAGACAAAAAGAAAAACUUGAAAUCCACAUGAGAAUUCACACUGGAGAAAAGCCUUACAUCUGUCAAGAGUGUGGAAAAAGUUUCAGUCAUAAAGGAAACCUUGUAGUCCACAUGAGAAUUCACACUGGAGAAAGCCCAUUCGCCUGCCAACAGUGUGGAAAGAGUUUCAGUCAAAAAUAUAAACUUAAAACCCACAUGAGAAUUCACACUGGAGAAAAGCUUUACACCUGCCAGCAAUGUGGGCAGAGUUUCAGUCAAAAAGGAGGCCUUAAGCGCCACAUGAGAACUCACACUGGAGAAAAGCCUUACACCUGCACUCUGUGCGGGAAUGGCUUUACACGGGAGCAAAUCCUUAGGGAACACAUGAAUAUUCACACUGGAGAGAAGCCUUUUACAUGUGAUCAGUGUGGAAAGAGUUUCGCACAUAAAUUGUCACUUUAUUUUCACAUGAGAAUUCACACUGGAGAGAAGCCGUACAAAUGUGAUCAGUGUGGAAAGAGUUUCAGUCAAAUAGGAAACCUUAAAGACCACAUGAGAACUCACACUGGAGAAAAGCCUUACACCUGCACUCUGUGCGGGAAUGGCUUUACACGGGAACAAAUCCUUAGGGAACACAUGAAUAUUCACACUGGAGAGAAGCCUUUUACAUGUGAUCAGUGUGGAAAGAGUUUCACACGAAAAUCGUCACUUCAUUGUCACAUGAAAAUUCACACUGGAGAGAAGCCAUUCAUGUGUGAUCAGUGUGGAAAGAGUUUCAGAUUCAUGGGUAACCUUAGGGACCACAUGAGGAUUCACUCGAAAGAGAGCUGUUUUAGAAGUCGUCACUCUGGAAAGAGCAGAGGUGUAAAGAGUACCUGAAAACCAUGCUUGAAUUAAAGUACAGAUAUCUUAUCUGCCUCGUCUCCCAAAUCAAACACCUGUGAUUCACAACUAACUGCUAAUGCGCUUGCAUUUAUGUAAAGUAGCCUUGUUGGCAAGUUUGGGUGAGUAAAGGCAAACAUACAAGACAUAGUACCUACAAUGCCUUCUUUAUAGCAGAAACUGCUGCAGAAAUAUUAGGUGCCAUGCAAAAUGUAAUGCAAGUAUUGGAGUAAAACAUACAUUUACUUGUUUACUUGUGUCAAGUAAAGAGUAAAAAUUGCUAAUAUCUUAAUACAAAGUAUCCAAAAAGAUACUUAAGUACAGUAACUAACUGCAUUUACUCAAAUACUUUACACCACUGGGAAAUAGUUCCACAGACAGUCUCCAUAAAUGGCAGAUUUAAAGAAAAUUACUGUCGUUUGGCAAAUAAAUAAAUAAAUUACGGACGGUUACAAACACAUUACCAAUCAUGUAGGCUUUAAACAUAAAGCUUAUGUUUAAAUGUUUUUCCACUUGCGUGAGCAACGUAAUAUAUAAAUUAAAAGUAUUAGUUCAUACAGGGUUCCCACGGGUCGUGGAAUUUUAAAAUUUCUAUUCCACACAUUGAAAGUCAGGAAAUUUUAUAUUUUUUUUUGUCCGAGUCAUGGAAUAUCAGGGAUUUUUGCAUUUUUGAGUUUUUCCAUUUGUCAAAAUGUAUUCUAUACCAUAUUAAACUGAACUUGGACAAGAUGUCAAUACUGUGUUACUAAUUGUGGGUA